AUGUGUCGAGUGCCCUCUUGUCGGAAGCCUGCUCGAUUUAACAAUAAUAUUCUUAGCAAAUACUGUUCUGAUGAGCACGGCCGGGAAUUUAUGCGCCUGAAGACCCAGCACCUCAAGAUGAGUCCGGCCCCGGAGAACAAGAUGGAAGACCUCGGGAGUAGAGGCGGGAUCCUCACUGCCGGUGAUCUCAAGGCCGUGAUAAUGGAUGUAUCCUCAGCGGCGGAAUUCCGUAAGCUUGGCGAACGGAUCGUCUCGCUGCCACCCGACGACCCCGAGACCGACACAAAAGAGAAGGACAAGAAAAAGCUUGGAUUGGAUUUCGCUCCUGAUGACCUUACAUACUCACCAGAUGAGGCAUCGAAAAUCGAAGAAUUGCGCAAGCGGCGUGAUGAGCUGCUUCACCGCAGGGGUAUGCUUAAUGCACGUAACACAUUCGUGAAUCUCGUCCGGCAGCGGUCCAAGAGUGUACUAGAAAAAUUGAAGCAAGCCGAACCCAAAGGCGGAUGGAAAGAUAUCUGCGGUUUUGACUCACGGUUAGCCUGGUCCGAUGAGGAAUUCGACGAAUGGAGGCUAUCGGAAGUUGGAGCGAAAACACUUGAGGAUGGCACUCCUGAGGCGCUGGCGUCUAGCUAUCCCGAUACAACUGAUAUAGAUGGCGACACCGUCAUGAAUGGCGUCAAAGCUGAAGAGGAUGACAUCAGCAGCCUAUCUCGAGGUAUUUGUACCAAAAAGCGCUGUGAGAGACACAAACAAUGGGUCAAGGUUCAACAACAAGAGAUCUUAUUCGAGGAGGAUACAGUCAACCAGGAUCUCGCAAAGUGUGAAAAGGAAGCUCAAAACGUUGUGGAGAGAGCUGUUCUCAGGAUGUGGGCUGAAAAAGAAAAUGCCCAAAACGGAUGUCAGUGA